GCGGACUCUCUGGCCUUCUGCAAGCAGCGGCAGCUACGGCAACAGCAGCUACGGCAACAGCCACAGCAACAGCUACGGCAACAGCAGUAUAUCCGCCCGUCGAGCACCCAUGACCCAGUCGGCGUUCCUGUGGAUCCGGCUCAACCACGGACAGCCGGUUGAGAUCAAUGUCCACGAGUGCCGAAACGUAUAUCAUCUCGUCAAGCUCAUCAAGAGCGAGUUCUCCCCAGACUUGGACCUCGUCGCUCUGCAUCGCAUCAAACUAUUCCACUGCAACGGCGAGACCGAGCUGCGGCCGGACUUUAGCGUCCAGACGCUCGUUUCGAUGUGCCAGCACAAGACCAUGAUCAACAGCUACGAGCAGCCGCUCAUUGUCACCGUCUCUGCCCCAAGUGCGCUGUCUGGCGGCUCAGAAGAAGCGCCGGCCCAAGGCGUGCCCCUGGCUCCGGCCGAGCGCUCUGUGCAGUCAGCGAGGUCGAUCACAUCCAGACAGGACGAUCCGCUGGACGACAUCCUUCCGAGCCGUAGCUCAAUCCGGGCUGCAGGUGUGGAUGUGAGCCAACCGCCGAUAGUCAUCAUCGAUCUGCACACCGCACAGGGCACGCGGCCAUUCAAGACCCUCUCACUGCUCCUGAAGGGCGGCCGGAUACAGCUCCGGUCUCUGAAGACCCAGCACGGGUUCCUCGAUGUCUACUGGAUCGUCGGCGAUAGCAGCGAAGUGCUGCUCCAAGUCGACGAUGACGGAUACACCUGCAACGAGUGGGUCGCUGGUGCUCGAUACUCGUUUCGGGUGGUACGCAGCACAGCCGUGGAUCUGGAAAUCCCCUACAUCGAGACCAAGACAGAUGCAGUUCUGCAGGACUUUGGCAUCGUCCUGAGCGAGAAGGAGUGGCAGCCCGUGCACAUGCCCAAAGCAGCGGUGCCGUCGGCUCUGCUGGAUGUGCUGCAUGCAUAUGCCACAUGCCACACGAUACGCCUGGAAAGCAUCCGCCGGCUGAUCAUCUCGCUGUUUCUGCUCUGCGCCUGCAAAGCAGUCAACGACAAGAUACCGGCGUCGCCUGUGUGCUUUGACGAAGGGACUCCUCUCGAAGCCACCCUCCGUGUCGUUCGCGAGUCGGCCGUCAAGAUAGUGCGGUACUCUGGGCGGAUCGACUACGCCGUCGGCAAGUCCCGCCCCGAGCAGCAGGCACCCGAAAGUGCUUUCCUGUUAGUCGACGAGAUCAGCCGCGAAAAGUCGCUCGGCAGCUCGCUCCCACGCACCUUGGCCGAGGGAGCAACCUCGCUGCUCUUCCACCACUCGGCGCUUUCUCAGCAGCAGCAGCGGCGCCCAUUUGUGUUUGUUCUGCGAACGGAUGGCAAGAAGUGGAUCUUCACACGCAUGGGGUGUCAAGGCUCCUCGAUCGUGGUUGAACACAGUAGGCCGCUCCGGCUCGAGAUCAGAGAGCACCAUGUGGAUCAAGAUCAAGUGGGCGCCAUCUACUCGUGGAUACACUUUUUGAUUUCGUAUGGACAGCAGGCUCCCUCGAGCAAGGCGGAUCUGUCACACAGUAGGGACGAUCUCGAGAGCCCUCUGGAUUGCUUGUCUUUGAAAUUCGGCAGCAUGUCUCUUGGUGGCAUGUAGAUGAACGGGACAGAGUCCACUGAGGCCACGCCCUGGGUGUCCUGGCUGCCCCCCCCCAAAGAUGAAUAUGUACCAGUCUGCAGCAGAGCACUAAAUACAUAAUGCGCUUUAAAAUUAAA